AGCCUUUGAUCUUGCGUAAAUCGACUGCAUAUGAUAUGUGGACUGUUCUUGCACGUAUGUAUGGUCGUAAAAAACGUGUUUUACGUGCAUAUCAAAUCAAACUUAGCAUAUAUGCUCUUAAACAGGGUGAUUUAUCUGUUGCCUCCUUCUAUGCCGCCCUGAAGACCAAAUGUUAGGAACUUGACUAUCAUGUGAAUGAUGACUGGAAAUGUGGUGUAGAUCAUGCCCUGUAUUGGGAAAAGGAAUGGAUGGACCGCACCUUUAUCUUCCUUGGAGGCCUGCGUGAUGAGUUUGAAACCAUUCGGAGCCAGAUUCUUAACUGUGAUGAGAUUCCUGGAAUCGAAGAGGUAUAUGCACGUAUUGAGUCUGAGGAGCAACGGCGCCAGAUUAUGCAUAUUGACUCCCAUCAGAGGAGCUCUCCAGCAGCCUUUGUGAGCCAUACUUCAGGGACAGGGCAGCGUCCUACUCGCCGAUGCAGCCAUUGCAACACAGUGGGUCAUUCUGUUGAUUUUUGUUGGGACCUUCAUCCUAAGAAGCGUCUCGUCCGAGGUCGUCCUCCUCCUCAUCGCCGUGCUCCUUCUGUGCCCGAGCCUAGUCCAGGGUCGACCAAUGUUGCAAAAUCCAAGCUCUCCUCAGAUCAACUUAGAGAGUUGCAAGCAUACAUUAGUCGUUUGUCUACCCAGGAUGAUGCUUCUACUUCUGAGGGGGCUAAGUUAGCCCAGGCCCUAGUUGCUACUAGUGAUCAAGGACUUGGGGACGGGGCAGAAGAUUGGGAUUGGUUCGGUUAUUGAUGGUCUCUACAGACUGCCCGUACAAGUUGCUUCUGCUUUGAUUUCAGCCACCAGUGGACAGUUGCCUGGCAUGGAGGACAGAUCCAUCAUUAUGCGUUGGCACGAGAGACUUGGUCAUCUUCCAUUCCCGUUGCUUAAAAAGUUGUUUCCUAGGAUGUUUCAUUCUGUUUCUUUGGACACCUUCGCCUGUGAAGUGUGUCAGUUGUCUAAACAUGUUAGGGCCUCGUACCCUAUUUCAUUCAAUAAAGCCGACCGUCCUUUUGCUUUGGUUCA